CUUCACCACGUCCCUUUGCCUUUCAGCCUGAAUGAGGAGACGUUGUAUGGCCCCAGCUGUCUGUGCCCGCAGAAGGUAAGGCUGAGGUGGUGGGAGUGGUGGGGUCCGUGUUGUAUGGAAGCCAGGCUCUCACCCUACAUCCCCUUUCUUCCGCAGAAGACCCGGCUGGACUUGGAGGGGACAUCGCCUGGGGUGGGCAUCCAAGUGACAGUGACAAAAGGACCCCUUUCCAGGACGUUUCGCCAGGCUGCCGUCCUGGUGGUGGCUGUGACCAAGCUCUUGAAGCAGCCGGCACGCAAGGACUUUGCAGACAGUGACCUUGGCAGCUUCUUGGAUGAUAUUUUCGAGCCUGUCUCCUUCCAGUGCAUCAAGGGCAGUUAUACCAGGGCACCCGUUUUCCGCUACACUCGCUCCCAGUCCUUCGACAUCUUGGACAUUGACCACAAGUGCUUCGUACUGGAGUCACCCACCCAGCUGGUGGCCCUGCACCUACAGGGACCCUCUGCUGGACAGAAAGUGAAGCUCAACAUUGCUCUGUACCGUCCCCGGUCAUCGCAGGGCGCUCCAGGCUCUGGGAGGGUGCCGGUGGCCUUGGGUAUCAAGGGCUACCAGCUCUACAUGUCAUGUGUGAUGAGUGGCACCAAGCCCGUGCUGCAGCUGGAGGAAGCUGACAUCAGGAGGGAUAUUGAGAGCGUGGAGCUGACCCGCUUCAUCUUCUACCGCCUGGACAGCCCAGCUGAGGGGACCACACGCUUCGAGUCGGCCGCCUUCCCUGGCUGGUUCAUCUGCACAUCCCUGCAGCCCCGCCAGCCCGUGGGCAUCACCAACACCCCAGACCAGGUGAACAUCGCUACCUAUGAGCUGAGCGGGCGCUGA